UAUUUUAAAGAGUAGUAUCAAAGUGAAUUUCCACUUAAAUUUGAAAAUCAGCCCCCAAUUUCAACUCAUCUUCACUUUCCGCCGCUCUCAAUUCUAACUUUCUAAGCUUCUUCAUUGGGUAUUCAACUUUCAAGGAGCUGAAGCUCAACCCCCGCAUUCCCAAUUUAUAUUUCCCAAAUUCUUCUUCUUUUUGGCCAUUAACACUAUAAGAUGGCGACCAUGGAAAGUUUGAUUGGUUUAGUGAACAGAAUUCAGAGGGCUUGCACCGCCCUCGGCGACUACGGCGGCGGCGACCAGGCUUUCUCCUCGCUCUGGGACGCUCUCCCCUCCGUCGCCGUUGUCGGUGGUCAGAGUUCUGGGAAAUCUUCGGUUUUGGAGAGCAUAGUAGGGCGUGAUUUUCUUCCUCGAGGCUCUGGAAUCGUUACGAGGAGGCCGCUGGUGUUGCAACUGCAGAAGACGGAAGAUGGGCAGCAGGAAUAUGCAGAAUUUGGCCAUUUGCCUAGGAGGAAAUUCUCUGAUUUUGCUUCGGUUCGCAAGGAAAUUCAGGAUGAAACUGAUAGAAUCACAGGAAAGACAAAGCAAAUUUCUCCCGUUCCUAUUCACCUCAGUAUCUAUUCACCCAAUGUUGUCAACUUGACUCUUAUUGAUCUUCCGGGUUUAACAAAAGUUGCUGUAGAGGGGCAAGCUGAAAGUAUAGUCGAAGACAUUGAGAAUAUGGUCCGCUCUUAUGUUGAGAAGCCAAACUGCAUCAUACUGGCAAUAACUCCUGCGAACCAAGAUAUUGCUACAUCAGAUGCUAUUAAACUUGCAAGGGAAGUGGAUCCAUCAGGUGACCGUACAUUUGGAGUGCUUACAAAGCUUGAUCUGAUGGACAAAGGAACCAAUGCCGUAGAUGUUCUGGAAGGAAGAGCUUAUCGUUUACAACAGCCAUGGGUGGGUAUUGUUAAUCGUUCACAAGCAGAUAUCAACAAAAAUGUUGAUAUGAUGGCUGCUAGGCGUAAGGAACGUGAGUACUUCGCUACAAGUCCCGACUAUGGGCAUUUGGCUGGUAAAAUGGGUUCUGAAUAUCUGGCAAAGCUGCUCUCUAGGCACUUGGAAUCUGUAAUCAGGGCUAGAAUUCCAAGUAUAACUUCCUUGAUUAACAAAAGUAUAGAUGAACUUGAAGCUGAGAUGGACCACCUCGGAAGGCCUAUUGCUCUGGAUGCUGGGGCUCAACUAUACACCAUCUUGGAACUUUGCCGUGCUUUUGACAAGAUAUUCAAGGAGCAUCUGGAUGGAGGCCGUCCCGGAGGUGACCGAAUUUAUGGAGUUUUUGACAAUCAGCUACCUGCUGCAUUGAAAAAACUUCCUUUUGAUCGUCAUCUUUCGGUACAGAACGUGAGAAAAAUUGUCUCAGAAGCUGAUGGUUACCAACCACACUUGAUUGCUCCUGAACAAGGUUAUCGGCGGCUUAUUGAGGGGUCACUAAAUUAUUUCAGGGGGCCUGCUGAAGCUUCUGUUGAUGCUGUUCACCUUGUAUUAAAGGAGCUUGUCAGGAAGUCAAUUGGGGAGUGCCUGGAGUUGAGACGGUUCCCAACUCUACAAUCAACCAUAGCUGGAGCAGCAAAUGAAUCGUUGGAGAGGUUCCGUGAGGAAAGCAAGAAAACAGUUGUUAGAUUGGUCGAUAUGGAAUCUUCAUAUCUGACAGUAGAUUUCUUCCGGAAACUUCCUCAGGAAGUAGAGAAAGCAGGAAACCCAGGAGGGAACCCACGGGAAAACUCACCAGCUGCACAGAACAUUGAUCGCUAUGCAGAGGCACAUUUCAGGAGGAUAGGUUCUAAUGUGUCGUCUUACGUAUAUAUGAUAUCUGAGACUUUGAGGAACUCGAUUCCCAAGGCAGUGGUUUACUGCCAAGUUAAGGAGGCGAAACAGAAUUUACUCAAUUACUUCUACACCCAAAUUGGGAGGAGAGAGGGUAAGCAACUUUCAGAGUUAUUGGAUGAAGAUCCAGCAUUGAUGGAUAGAAGGCUGCAAUGUGCUAAAAGGCUUGAAUUGUACAAGAAAGCGCGGGAUGAGGUCGAUUCUGCGGCAUGGGUUCGAUAAAUUUGAUCCUUGACAGGUCUAGUUUGUAUGUUAAUAUGUUGUUCACGAAGGCGUGAUUUUGUCAGAUUCUGUGACUGAAUGACUGUUUUGUGAUUCAUUAUAUUGAUUGGCUUGAUGUUGUUAGAUUUUGUUUAUUUGUUGUAACGUCGUAAAUGAAAGAUGUUCUUAGUAUUAA